AUGUCACUCUUACCAAGUAAAUCCAUUUUCCUAUCCACUACUCUCCAACCCUACACCCCACCUCUACACUCCGCCAUCCCGACCUGCGACAUCUGUCUUGAAGACCUCGCAGCUCAUUUCUCGACCACCACCACUACCGCAGGUACUAAGGUAUCAGCGACUACAAACCCAACCCCAGAUUCCCAAACAGAGAUAGCAGUCCAGUUGACACCCUGCGGCCACAUCUUCGGCGAGAAAUGCUUAAGGACCUGGUUUGAGACGGUGAACACUUGUCCGAUUUGUCGCCAGGAGUUAUUUGUUAAAGAGGAGUACGAAGUUUGCGGCAUAGACUUUCGACAUGCAUAUGUUGGGCAUACCAUUGUCUUCGGCAGGGGAGGAGGUGGAUGGAAAGAGCGAGAUAGAGAUAGGCAUGAGGAUAGUCAUGGAGCUUAA